AGUUUUGUCAAGCAAGUUGGAGAUGGAGGGAGAUUAGUUCCAGUUCCAAGCCUCAGUGAAGCUGACAAAUACCAACCUCUCAGUCUGGUGGUAAAAAAGAAGCGAUGCUUUCUGUUUCCUAGAUAUAAAUUUACCUCAACACCUUUUACACUGAAAGAUAUUCUCCUAGGAGACAGAGAAAUUUCAGCUGGUAAGUUUAAAUGUUUGGUAGUGACUACUCAUGGAACUGUUAUUAGUAACCUAAACAGAGGUCCUAUGUACUAUUUAUACUAGUAAUACAUAUUUUCAAUGAAAAAAAAGCAACUUUUAUAAUGAAAGUAAUGAUAUUAUUGAGAUGAACAAUGUCUAAAGUUUAUGUAAUAUCAAAUCUCUUAUUGAAUACUUUUAAAGUCUAUUAAUUAUUUUAUAAGCUGUUUUAAUCAAAAUCAACUUAGAAAAUGACAUAGUAUUUUUUCCUCUGUAAAUUAGUGUAUUAUUUGAUCUUAUCUCUUACAUAAUCAAAUGAGAUAAAAAUAAUCUGAAUUUUGUUUACAAUUCAAUUAUUACACUUGGUAAACUGAAAUGUCUUGAUUAAAAAGUUAAUUGACAUUUUGAUAAGUUACUGCUUCUAAACACCUGUUUAUAUUUCAAUACCCUAGUACAUCUUGAUAUUUAAGAAAUUUUGUUGACUGAACAGAUAAUUUGAUUUCAUUUGAAAUAUUUGGCUAUUUGUUUUUUGUUAUUGUAAAAUUGAACUGCUAUUUUAAUUUUGGCCUGAAAUGUUGCUUUUUUAAAUGAGAUUGGAUCUUGAAUUGCAAAUUAACUUUAUAUAAUCUAUAUAAGCUGAAUUGGAGACAUUUAAAAAUACUAGUUUCUUUUCAUGAAGGUAUUUCAUCUUAUCAAUUACUGAAUUAUGAAGAUGAAUCAGAUGUUUCACUUUAUGGAAGGCGAGGCAACCAUAUUGUAAAUGACGUUGGGAUUAAUGUUACUGGAUCAGAUUCCAUUGCAGUAAAAGCUUCAUUUGGUGUAGUAACCAAACAUGAAGUGGAAGUAUCAACAUUACUCAAAGAAAUUACUACACGGAAAAUUAACUUCGAUCACAGCUUGAUACGUCAGUCACGGAGCAGCAGAAAGGCUGUGCUUUGCGUGGUCAUGGAAAGCAUUCGAACCACACGACAGUGCUCCCUGUCUGUUCAUGCUGGCAUUCGAGGAGAAGCCAUGCGGUUUCAUUUUAUGGAUGAACAGAAUCCCAAGGGAAGGGACAAAGCUAUUGUUUUUCCAGCACAUACAACCAUAGCUUUCAGUGUUUUUGAACUCUUCAUUUACUUGGAUGGUGCCUUUGACCUUUGUGUCACUUCAGUGUCAAAAGGAGGAUUUGAAAGGGAAGAAACAGCAACGCUUGCACUGCUCUACAGACUGAGAAAUAUACUAUUUGAAAGAAACAGAAGAGUGAUGGAUGCCAUUUCUCGUUCACAGCUUUACUUGGAUGAUCUUUUUUCUGACUACUAUGACAAACCUCUCAGCAUGACUGAUGUUUCACUCAAGGAAGGGACUCAUAUCCGAGUUAACUUACUUAAUCACAACAUUCCUAAAGGGCCUUGCAUACUCUGUGGAAUGGGGAACUUCAAAAGGGAGACAGUCUAUGGUUGCUUUCAGUGUUCUGUAGAUGGACAGAAGUAUGUGAGACUUCACGCAGUCCCUUGUUUUGAUAUUUGGCACAAGAGAAUGAAAUAAAA